ACUGGUGGUACUGUUAUCUCCUCGUCUGCUCCGCUUGCAUCCUUCGAAUUUUGCAACAACAUUGACUCCUCAGAGUACCAGCGGAUCAACCCAACGCAAAAAUGGUCUCAGCUACCAAAGAAGAAAACCGCAGUUCUGCCAAAAGGGUAGCUGUUAUUGGUGCUGGUGUCAGUGGGCUUGCCGCAGCAUACAAAUUGAAAUCACAUGGUUUAAACGUCACGGUAUUUGAAGCUGAAGGAAGAGCUGGAGGGAAGUUAAGAAGUGUUUCACAGGAUGGUCUAAUUUGGGAUGAAGGAGCGAACACAAUGACUGAAAGUGAAAUGGAAGUCAGAAGUUUACUUGAUGAUCUUGGACUUCGAGAAAAGCAACAAUUUCCAAUUUCUCAGAACAAGCGUUAUAUUGUACGGAAUGGUAUGGCAGUACUGAUACCUACAAAUCCCAUUGCACUGAUCAAGAGCAAUGUUCUUUCUGCACAGUCCAAGUUUCAGAUCAUUUUGGAGCCAUUUUUAUGGAAGAAAAGUAACUCCAAAGUUUCUGAUGAUUAUAGGGAGGAAAGUGUGGGUGGGUUCUUUCAGCGCCAUUUUGGGAAAGAGGUUGUUGAUUAUCUCAUUGACCCUUUUGUUGCGGGCACAAGUGCUGGAGAUCCUGAAUCUCUUUCUGUGCGUUAUUCUUUCCCAGAGCUAUGGAAUUUAGAAAAAAGGUUUGGCUCUAUCAUAGCUGGCCUAGUUCAAUCUAAGUUAUCUACCAAAAAGGAGGACACUUUGGAACAAAAGAAACGUCCGCGUGGUUCGUUUUCCUUCCUUGGUGGAAUGCAGACACUUACCGAUACAUUGUGCAAAGAGCUUGGGAAAGAUGACCUAAAACUGAACUCAAAGGUUUUGUCAUUAUCUUACAGCUCUGAUGGGAAGUCUGCAUUAGAAAAUUGGUCCGUUGUUUGUGCUUCUGACAGCGACAAGCAUUCGCAAGCUUUAGCUGUUGAUGCAGUAAUCAUGACGGCUCCAUUAUGUAAUGUCAAAGAAAUGAAGAUUGGCAAAAGGGGAAAAUUCUUUCCACUUGACAUACUUCCAGAGGUGACAUACAUGCCACUAUCAGUCAUAAUCACCACCUUUAAGAAGGAGAAUGUUAAGAGACCCCUUGAGGGAUUUGGAGCUCUUGUUCCUUCGAAGGAGCAGCAAAAUGGUCUAAAAACCCUUGGUACACUGUUUUCUUCUAUGAUGUUUCCAGAUCGUGCACCUAAUGACCUGUAUCUCUAUACAACCUUUGUUGGUGGAAGUCGAAACAGUGAUCUAGCAAAAGCUUCAACAGAUGAGUUGAAGUGUACUGUUUCUUCUGACCUUAGGCAGUUGCUGGGAGCAGAGGGAGAACCUACUUUUGUAAAUCAUUUCUACUGGAGCAAAGCAUUUCCUUUGUAUGGGCAAAACUAUGGUUCAGUUCUAGAAGCAAUUGAAACGAUGGAGAAAAAUCUUCCUGGAUUCUUCUAUGCAGGGAACCACAAGGGUGGGUUGUCCGUUGGAAAGGCUAUAGCCUCUGGGUGCAAAGCAGCUGAUCUUGUUAUCUCCUAUCUUGAAUCUUCGUCUAAUGACAAGGUGCUCAGAGAAGAGCCAUAAUUAUAGAAAUAUCAAAUGUAACCUUGGUACAUGUAUCAUUAAUGCUUUCUUCCUGUUCCUAUAUGAGUUGCAUUCUCCAUUACGUUACCCAAGUAUUCUUACGGGAACAAAGAUUGAAACACCAACUUCUGAAGACUAUUGACUUCCAUUUCUAGA